GACCCUCCGAUAUGUUCCCAAAAGCUCCCAAGACAAAAUUAUCUCUGAUGAAGAUGUCUUUGAAACACUACUGAAAAUAUUUAAAGCUCUGUUCAUAAAUGACUUCAGUAGACAAGCACAUAUUUUGGCCUUACUUCCAGAAAUCAAAUGUAAAUAUUUGGAAUUGCUGACUGUUGAGCAGAAGCCGUCAGAAGAAGAUUUAUGUAACCGUGAAAGUCAGCAUGUAUUUACUCCCGAGGAAGUUCUCUUUAAUACACUGGGGUUCACUAUUACUCGAGACCGAAGUUCCCUGGUGUCUGCUGGAACUGGAGUAUUUGUUACCAAAGGUUUUGUACCGAAAGGGACAGUUGUAUCUAUGUAUCCUGGUACAAUAUACAGAAAGCAUGAGCCCAUCUUUUUCCAGUCCCUUGGCAAUCCCUUUAUUUUUAGGUGCAUAGAUGGUGUCCUUAUUGAUGGGAACGAUAAAGGACUAUCAAGAUCUGUGUACAGGUCUUGCAGCCGGAGAGAUCAACUUGGCCCAUUUCAAAUGAGUGAUGAGAGCUGGCUCACAGCUGCCCUGCAAAACCCACUGGCAGUGGGACAGUACGUCAACAACUGUUCAUAUGAAAAAGCAGCCAAUGUGUGUUAUCAGGAGUUUGAUGUGCCGGGAUCUUUUCCAGUAGAACUGAAACAGUAUCUUCCAAACAUCGUCUACAGCCAUGACAUAGAGAGCCACCUGAGGUGUGUCGUGCUUGUCACUCUCAGAGACAUCAAGCAAGGAGAAGAACUUUUUUCUAAUUACUACACUGUUGUCAACUGA